ACCGAAAAUCCCCGUACGGGGGACUUCCAAACACUGUCAGUGUAGAAGCCUUCCGUGAGACAGCACUCGUCUAGAGUCCACAGAACAUCGUCUGGAUUAAAACAGCAACGAGGACACAAUCGUCUCUGCGUUUAAAGUACUUUGUGUUUUAGCUGCACCAGCUGAAAUGGCAGAGAAGAAGAAGAAGACAAGGAAGCCACCCACCUCUUCUGUGAUGUCCAAACAGUCAAUCAGCACCAGCAGUAAACUCAAAUCAGUCAGUUCACAGACAAGGGAAGAUGAGUCCUCGAGUCUCAGCUGUGCCUCUAUGAAAAGUGAUGCAUCCAUGGGCCAUCCACUCAACUUUGAAUUAAAACGGUUAGAGUCCACAGCUCCUAAUGUCUCUAUGGAGAGUGAUGCAUCCAUGGGCCAUCCACUCAACUUUGGUCUUGAAAAAACCCCAAGGUUAGAGUCCACUGCUCUUAGUCUCUCCAUGGAGAGUGAGGCAUCCAUGGGCCACCCACUCAACUUUGGUCUUAAAAAAACACAAAGCCAGCCAACUGGGGAGUUUUUCAGCUGUUCAGUGUGUAAGAAGGUUGUGAAGGAUCCAGUCCAAUCAGUCUGUGGACACUGGUCAUGCAAACAGUGUGUCAGCUCAGACUGGGACCAGAGUGAUUCACCAGCAGACUACCCCUGUGCCAAGUGUGGAAAGAAACUCAGAAGAGAUCCUGAAUACAGGAGAGAUACUGAAGAAGACACUGGGGACAGCCUUAUUUUGAAAGCAAAGAAGAAUCUUAAAGAAGCAAUGCGAAAGAGAUUUACUUUGACAUCUGAAGGUAUUGAUGACCAGAAGAGCCCCCUGAACAGAAUCUACACAGAACUCUACAUCACCACUGGAGAGAGUGAAGGGCCAUGUGAAGAACAUGCAUUCAGAGACAUCAAACAUAAGUUGGAACGACAAUCUUUCAUACAUUUAGUCAACCUCAGUGACAUCUUCAAAUCUUUGCCCAGCCAGAAGAAACCCCACAGAACAGUCCUGACGAAGGGCCAAAAAAGAAAGAAAUUGUCUCGUGGUUUCACUUUACUCACCGCGUCAUCAGAACGACCACACUUCAUUCUGUGGAAGAAACAAAAAAUGGCUGAGAGGAAGAAGAGGAGGAAACUUCCUGAGUCUUUGUCUGAGGAGUCCUUUGAGCAGCCAAUCAGCUCCUGCAGUGAGUCACCUGUCAGUUCACAGAUGAGUGCAACUACGUCCAAAGAUCCCAGCGGUAUCUCUGUGAAGAGUGAUAGUUCCCUGUUCCAUCCACUCAAUUUUGGUCUUGAAAAGACAGAAAGUUCACAGAGUGCAACUACGUCCAAAGACCCCAGCGGUAUCUCUGUGAGGAGUGAUAGUUCCCUGUUCCAUCCACUCAAUUUUGAUAUUGAAAAGACAGAAAGACAGCAGAGUGAGGAACCAUUCAGCAGUUCUGUGUAUAUGAAGGAUUCACUCCAUUUCAUCACAAUUCAGAGAGAUAUGAAGGAGGAAAUGAGGCACGCCCUAAGUUUUAAAGAAAAGAAGAAUCUUAAACAAGCAAUGCGAAAGCAAUUCACUUGGACAUACGAAGGUCAGGGUGACCGAAAAUAUUCUCUGAUCAGCAUCUACACAGCACUCUACAUCACCACUGGAGAGAGUAGAGGACCACAUGAAGAACAUGCGUUCAGACACAUCAAACAUAAGUUGGAACGACAAUCUUUCAGAUGUUUAGUCAACCUCAUUGAUAUCUUCAAAUCUUUGCCCGGCCAGACGAAACCCCACAGAACAGUCCUGACGAAGGGCGUUGCAGGGAUUGGAAAAUCGUUUUCUGUGCAGAAAUUCAUUCUUGACUGGGCCGAGGAGAGAGAAAACCAGGACAUUGAUUUCAUUUUCUGUCUGGCUUUCCGAGAGGUGAAUUUGAUCAAAGAUAACAAAAGCUUGCGUGAGCUCCUGACUGAAUUUUACCCUGCACUUCAGAGUUUAAAAGAUUCAGAUGAUUUUGUCAAAACCAGAGUCAUGGUGAUCCUGGACGGUCUGGAUGAAAGCAGACUUCAACUGGACUUCAAGAACAAGCCGGUAACUCCUGUUAAUGAAGUAACAUCUGUGGCAAUCUCCUUUCAAACCUCAUUCAGAUACGAUGAAGGCAGAAGAAGGCUGAUACCAGCUGUAAGGAGCAGCAGAAAGGCCAUACUAGGAGACUGCAAAGUGACUGCGGAGUGGAUUGAGCACUUGGCCUUUGCUCUCAAGUACUCUUACUCAGCUCUCAGAGAUCUGGACCUCAGCAACAAUGAUCUGAAAGAUUAUGGAGUGGAGCUUCUCUGUGGUGGACUGUCGAGUCAAUGCUGCAGGCUGGAGACACUGAGGUUGUCUGGAUGUCUGGUCACAGAGGAAGGCUGUGAUUAUCUGGCCUCGGCUCUGAAGUCCAACCCCUCGCAUCUGAUAGAGCUGGACCUGAGCUACAACAAUCCAGGAGAUUCAGGAGAGAAGCUGCUCUCUGAGCUAAGGAAUGAUUCACAGUUCAAGCUCAGUAUAGUCAGUUUUGAACAUGCAGGAAGUCACAGGAUGAAACCAGGCUUCAAGAAAUAUACCUGUGAGCUCACUUUGGACCCCAACAAAGCCCAUAAGAGCCUCGUUCUCUAUGACGGAAACAGAGCGGUGACCUGGGUAGAAGACGAGCAGUUAGAUCCCCCUCAGCAACAAAGGUUUGAUCACUGCCAACAGGUGCUGUGUGAACAGGGUCUAGAUGAGAGGUGCUACUGGGAGGUUGAGGUGUUCGGACCCGUAAGUGUUGGGGUCACAUACAGAGGAGCCGACAAGGAAGGGAUCAUGAAUGAUUUCAAGAUGGGACACAAUGACAAGUCUUGGUGUCUGGUUUUCUCGAAUGAUGGUUAUUACGUUUUGCACAACAAUAAGAAAGUUGAUGUGCCUUCGCUUGGAUGGCGCUCCAAUUGGGUGGGAGUGUAUCUGGACUGGGAGGCCGGCAUUCUGUCCUUCUACAGAGUUUCCUCUGACAGUCGGACGCGCCUCCAUACCUUCAAAACAACGUUCAAUGAGCCCCUCUAUCCUGCUGUUGAACUUCACACUCAGUCGGCUGCCUCAUUUUGUCAGCUACCUUAAACCAGCCAUCCAUAGUGUUCACACCAGCGCGGAAUUUUUCAAGCUAAACAUGCUUUUUUUUAGACAAACAAAUGACAUUUCUGGGAAACUUUAAGGGCCAUCAUUUUCUGACAUUUUUAUAGACAAAAGAACUAGUCAAUGAAAUGGAAUAUAAUAUUAAUAUGUAUGCUUUCUUUAGUGUAUAAUCACCUGAUUAUAGGAAUUGUGUUUGUGUUACUUUAGCGUGAGCUGUCUUUUACAUGGAGUCAUGUUGAUGCUGUGUGUUUUUACAGUACAAUACAAACCACUGGCUUUAGAAUUUAAUUAACAUUUUCAAUUUGUGGCAACCAUACUUGAACUUGGCGCUUGGAAGAGGAAGGUGAAGCGAGGAAAUAACAUUUAUUCACCACUGAUGAUAUCGGUAGCUAUGUUUAUGCCUUUCUGGAUUUUUGAACUCCUGACCACUGUAAGAACCUUGAAAGUGUUGUUUUUAAUGUUUACAUGAAGUGUAAAAUUCUGGCAGAUUCUAGGCAGCCUAGUACAGACUAAUUCUGUUUUGAAUUUAUUGAACAACUAUUUGACAUUUGUGUGCUGUGUUUGUUGUAGUUUGGUAGUAGUUUCAAUGACUGACAAGCAGAACAGGAUCAUGUAGGAGACGGCAGCUGAUAUUUUUGGUGCUUUUAAAAUGUUUUCAUUUUCAGGUUUUUAAGUGAUGUGAAGUUUUUAUUGUAUUAUUGGGUUAAUAUUGGGUUUCAAACUGGAGAUGGAUAUGGAGAUUUACUCGUCUUGGGCCUCAUAUAACAUCAGAGCCCUAUAAAAGGUAUUGCUGUGUUAUUGCGUGGUGCUGCUGUGCUGCAUUGAAGAACAUUUGAUAUUUUCUGGUGUUGUGUGUAUGAAUCUGAGCCGGUGUUAUGUGUAUUUGGUUAGUUUGUUAAGUCUUUUGUGCUGUCGUUUCUUUUCUUUUCAUUGGCAGCUUUUCUAGAAAGAACAGCACAAAUUUCAGAAAACAUCUUUCCAGAUUUCCAGAAGUUGUCUGGCAGCUGUUCUUUUUGUUUUUUUUUACUUUGUGAGAUCUCUGUGUGAAAAUGUGAGUUGUGAAUGUGAGUUGUUUUGAGAAUAAACAUUCAGUCAAUG